GCUGUUCCUCCCCAGGGCGGGCGCGCGAUGGCGGCUGCGAGCGCCUGCGACAGCAGCGGUGGCAGCAGCGACACGUCCAGCACGGGCGAGGAGGAACGGAUGCGGCGGCUCUUCCAGACGGGCGACGGCGACGGCGACGGGUACAUCAGCAGGAAUGACUUGCUGAUGGUCUGCCGACAGCUGAAUAUGGAGGAGUCGGUGGCCGAGAUCAUGAACCAACUGGGCACCCACGAAAACGGGAAGAUUUCCUUUCAGGACUUCACAAGGUGCCACCAGCAGCUUCUUCGAGAAAUCAGGAAGGAGGAAGUAGACCUUUCCCUGACGUCAGACAAGUCCAGAAAAAAGAAGCUGAGGGAUAGAAUCACUUCCUGGCCCACGAGCAGUGACAACAGUCUGGGUGCUUUGUCAGCAGCCAGGGAGAGCUGGGAAUAUGAUUCCGGUGCCAGGGACCUCCAGAGCCCCGACUUGCAGAGCCAGCUGCCCUUCCAGAAGCUACUGGAGUGUGGCGGAAGCUCUUUGCCUCAGCAGGCUGUCCGCCACAAGCUUCUCACACAGUCCCCGCAUUUUGGCACCUCCACAGGCGGAAGCUAUCUGGAGCUGGCCAGCACCCUCCACCUGGCAGCCCUGGCAACCCUCAAGGGAGACAUAGUAGAGCUGAAUAAACGUCUGCAGCAAACAGAGCGGGAACGAGACCUUCUGGAAAAGAAGUUGGCCAAAGCGCAGUGUGAGCAGUCACACCUCAUGAGAGAGCAUGAAGACGUCCAGGAGCGCACAACCCUUCGCUACGAGGAGCGCAUCACGGAACUCCACAGCAUCAUUGCGGAGCUGAACAAGAAGAUAGACCGCCUGCAGGGCACCACCAUCAGGGAGGAAGAUGAAUACUCAGAACUGCGGUCAGAGCUCAGCCAGAGUCAACAAGAGGUCAACGAGGACUCCAGAAGCAUGGACCAAGACCAGACCUCUGUGUCCAUCCCUGAAAACCAGUCCACUAUGGUCACUGCUGACAUGGAUAACUGCAGUGACCUGAACUCGGAAUUGCAGAGGGUGCUGACGGGGCUGGAGAGUGUGGUCUGCGGCAGGAAGAAGAGCAGCUGUAGCCUCUCGGUGGCCGAGGUGGACAGGCACAUCGAGCAGCUCACCACAGCCAGCGAGCACUGUGACUUGGCCAUUAAGACAGUUGAGGAGAUUGAGGGAGUUCUUGGUCGUGACCUUUAUCCCAACCUGGCUGAGGAGCGGUCUCGGUGGGAGAAAGAGUUGGCUGGAUUGCGGGAAGAGAAUGAAAGCCUGACUGCCAUGCUGUGUAGCAAAGAGGAGGAGCUGAACCGGACCAAGGCCACUAUGAACGCCAUCCGUGAGGAGCGGGACAGGCUCCGGAGAAGGGUCCGAGAACUCCAAACUCGACUGCAGAGUGUCCAAGCCACUGGACCUUCUAGCCCUGGUCGCCUUACUUCUGCCAAUCGGCCAAUUAACCCCAGCACUGGAGAGCUGAGCACCAGCAGCAGCAGCAAUGACAUCCCCAUCGCCAAGAUUGCUGAGAGGGUGAAGCUAUCAAAGACAAGAUCUGAAUCAUCGUCAUCUGAUCGACCAGUCCUGGGAUCCGAAAUCAGUAGCAUUGGGGUUUCCAGCAGCGUGGCAGAACACCUGGCCCACUCACUUCAGGACUGCUCCAAUAUCCAGGAAAUUUUCCAAACGCUCUACUCACAUGGAUCUGCCAUCUCCGAAAGCAAGAUUAGAGAGUUUGAGGUGGAAACAGAGCGUUUGAACAGCCGGAUCGAGCACCUCAAAUCCCAAAACGAUCUCCUCACCAUCACCCUGGAGGAGUGUAAGAGCAAUGCCGAGAGGAUGAGCAUGCUGGUGGGAAAAUACGAAUCCAACGCCACCGCGCUGAGGCUGGCCCUGCAGUACAGUGAACAGUGCAUAGAAGCCUAUGAACUCCUACUGGCACUGGCUGAGAGCGAGCAGAGCCUCAUCCUGGGGCAAUUCCGGGCAGCUGGUGUGGGCUCCUCCCCUGGAGACCAGUCAGGGGAUGAGAAUAUCACUCAGAUGCUCAAGCGGGCUCACGACUGCCGGAAAGCCGCUGAGAAUGCCGCCAAAGCCCUGCUUAUGAAGCUGGACGGCAGCUGCGGGGGAGCCUUCGCUGUGGCUGGCUGCGGCGUACAGCCCUGGGAGAGCCUGUCCUCCAACAGCCAUACCAGCACCACCAGCUCUACAGCCAGCAGCUGUGACACGGAGUUCACUAAAGAAGAUGAGCAGAGGCUGAAGGAUUAUAUCCAGCAGCUCAAGAACGACAGAGCUGCCGUCAAGCUGACCAUGCUGGAACUGGAGAGCAUCCACAUCGACCCGCUCAGCUAUGACGUCAAGCCAAGGGGCGACAGCCAGAGGCUGGACCUGGAGAAUGCCGUGCUGAUGCAGGAGCUGAUGGCCAUGAAGGAAGAGAUGGCUGAGCUGAAGGCACAGCUGUACCUGUUGGAGAAAGAGAAGAAGGCCCUGGAGCUGAAGCUGAGCACCAGGGAAGCCCAGGAGCAGGCCUAUCUGGUGCACAUCGAGCACCUCAAGUCUGAGGUGGAGGAGCAGAAGGAGCAGAGGAUGCGGUCUCUGAGCUCCACCAGCAGCAGUGGCAAAGAGAAGCCUGGCAAGGAGUGUGCUGAUGCUGCCUCCCCGGCUUUGUCUGAAGUAAGGAUGAACAGUGACAGUGAGCUGGCCACAGAGUUCGCCAGCGCCAUCCGACGGGAGAAGAAACUCAAGGCCAGAGUUCAAGAGCUGGUCAGCGCCUUGGAAAGACUCACCAAAAGCAGUGAGAUCAGACACCAGCAGUCAGCAGAGUUUGUUAAUGACCUAAAACGGGCCAACAGUAACCUGGUGGCUGCCUAUGAGAAAGCAAAGAAGAAACAUCAAAACAAGCUGAAGAAGUUGGAAUCCCAGAUGAUGGCUAUGGUGGAGCGACACGAGACCCAAGUGAGAAUGCUCAAGCAAAGAAUAGCACUGCUGGAGGAAGAGAACUCCAGGCCACAUACCAACGAAACUUCACUUUAACAGGCACUCAGGCCCCAAGGUUCCGCCCCAAGGGGCUGAACUCCAGCAGCUCUCAAGUCCUCUGCAGAGAAAGGGUUCAACGAGAAGACUGCACCUAGGUCACGGCUCCACCCUUGGCGCGAGUAGUCCGUGAUGGCACGCACCAUGGAUUGUGUCUGCACGGGCUUCAGCUGCUCCAGGCCUGGCCACGAGGGGUGCCAACAAUGGCUCCAGCCAAGUGCACAGCCAUGUCUUGUUUCAUUUUCACCACACAAGUUCUCAUGCUCUUCUCACUUGUUCCGUGUAGUGGUGGGUGGGAAUCCAGGCACUUGGUUUUAUGCGGAUUUCCAAGUCUUUUUCUUUUUUCUUUGGUUUUUCAUAGACUGGACUAUUCUCCUGAAACCUGGAUUUCUUCCUUCCUCCUCCAAGGGAAAAGUGACAGUGUUUUGUGUGUUUCCAACAUCUAGGGCUUGCGGCCCACCGCAGCAAGGCUCUGCCUUCCAGGUCCUAAGGUACCAGAUUCCUGAGAUAGUCACAUAGAGGGAUUAGUUGAGAGUGACAGACCACUGGAGGACACAGUGUCGCUGAUCACCCCAGACACACCGCAGUUUCAAACAGAGCAUCAUCACGGCUCUGUGUAGACAGUUCUGUACUGGACAAAUAAAAAACAUCUAUUUUUAUUGUACAGGCAGGGGUGGAAGCUGUUUUAAUCCCCGUCCAGCAAGAGUAAAACUUAGAAUACUCUUGAUAUAUGUAGUAAAGCCAAGGUUUUACCAGGGUUUUUUUCCUAGGACAGAAAAAAAGCAGUAUUAGCUCUUUCCCAGCCCCAGGGCACUACAGUUCCUAUUCUGAAUCAAAACUUUGCUACCUGAGCACAUAUGUAGCUGGACCCUGCCUCUCUCAGGGCAAGAGGCUUUACGUUGUUGGACAAUGAGACCCUUAAUGUUGUACAAGAUGGUUGCCACCUAUAAAUAGAGUGCCAUUGAACCUUUAGUCCCCAACAUCAUGAAGGGGAUUGGGUGAGGGAAUGGCUGACAGGCUUCCUAGUCUUUCCCUCCAGAUGCAGUGAUUUCAAGCAAAAUGGUGACCGGGAGGCAUGACCUCAGUACCUAAACUCUAGGGAGGCAUCCCAGUCAUGUUUUCUACUGUAGCUUUUACCAUUUUACCUUCUGCUGUUCAUAGAUACAAUUAAGGGACAGCCUGGCUUUUUUUCCACCUGUGGCCCCCAAGACACUCUCCAUCUGCUGUGAGAAAUAUGCUCCACUGUCAUGGUUAACUAGGGGAAGGAUGCUGUGCUUAUGACCAUGGUGAUGCUGCAGACUCCAGGCUAUGGGUGGAUCUGCUUUUAGAACGCAAAGUUCUUCAGCCUUCUGUGCAUGAGGAAGAGAUGCUCUGGCUUUCUCCUACAAUGGUUAGCCCCCAAAGCUCAACAGUCUUUCUUUCUCAGACCAGUACCAAGCUCUACUCACCCUGCGAACAGAAACAAAAAUGUGACUGGUUUGAGUCAAGGCCUGGCCCUUGAGUGUUGAUGGCUUUUUAGCCUUUUGUCAAUCCCUGUGAUCCAUUUUCUCAGUGUUCACUUUUGGGGUAAAGUUCUAUUUUGUUAUGAGGAAAAUGUGUGGAUAGAAACAUCUGCUGCCUCCCCACCACCCCAAGACUUUAAUAGAUAAAGUUAGCUUUCAGUUUUUCAGGUACCUGCAGGAAAUGUCUGCUCCCAAGCAAAUUGGGACGGGCCUGGCUGUCCUGGUUGAGGAGACCCCACAUUCCAGGUAACAGAUGAUCGCUAGGCUUCCUGCUCUGUCCAUGCAGAUACAGUCAGCAGCAUGCAUGCAGGAGGCUGAGAUGGAAGGUGAGACUGAAGCAGAGAUGGCGGUCCACCUGCUGAGCUCUGCCCCCUCCAGGUAAAAUCAGAGAACCUAUGCCUCUAGGUCCACAGUACCUCCACAAAAAAGACCCCAAAGCAGUAAUCCUACCAGGCCUUAGUCUGAGUUUCUAAGUACAUAAAUAUAUGGUGACUUGUGAAAACCAUUUGACAAGCUAAAAUGCCACGUUUUUAAAGAAGUGGGAAAGGGCCAUACAAUCUUUUCCUUUUAAUUUUCAAUCUUUGUUGGGGGUUGAAGCAGCAGGCAUUUGAUUAUGUGAAUUGUCGCACUGAUUAAAUAUAUGAUAGCAGGUGCCUGAGUAAUUUUCCUUUUUGUUUAACCUGACUCUUCCGAACAUACUCUUAAAUAGGAAAUGGUUUCCAUUAACAUGUCUAUUAUGGCUAACAAAAUCAUCUUGAUUUUAAUUUGUAUGGGGUUAAAAACCUUCGGAAUUUCCUAUCUUUGAAACCCCACCACCACCCAAAGUCUUCAGGGGUUCUCUGUAGGCAGGCACCUUUACUAAUCAAAGUCAAUUUUGGCUCCUGAAACAGUAAGCAGAGCAAAAGGUCCCGUUAGGAGCCAUUUCAAGGUUCCCUUGGACUGUAUUCUCCCAUUCUGAACUGAGGCAGACAAACCCGAGUAGGCAGCAGUCCCAUGAGACAUCUAUCCAUGGCUGGCUCUGGUCCCCUGCAACAACCCCAUGUACAAACUUGUUACAAGUCAAACUUGCCUUCCUUGUAACAGUAAGAAAGCCUCCAUCGGACUCACAACAAAGACUGUCAUGUGAUCAGACAGCUGAGGUUUAUCCUUGUCUCCUACCAUACAUACUCCAGGUCUAAAUGAGUGUCACAUGGCACCAGUGGAGGCAGAGAACUUGGACCCACUCUCACCUGCUGAUGUGGCUCAUUUCUUAAUGUGUGUGUAGCCUGAACCUGGACACUACAUUUAACAGACAUUUAGAAGUUUUUGUUAGCCAAGGUGCUUGGUUCUCUGUUCAGCCACAUGAACUUACAAGGUCUUCCUCUGAGCCUGUAGCGAAUUUUACAAGGGCUUCAGAGAACUCUAAAAUAGAACUUUGGCAUGGUUCUGUAAGGAAGAGCAGUCUAAGGCACAGCCUUAGGCUUUUAUUCAUUCUAUAAACUGUUAAAAAAAAAAAAAGGUGCUUAGUAACCUUACCACUGUAAGGGAAAUGUGAGACUAUUGGAAGUCUAGUUCCUACAUACAGACAUUACCUGAACAGGAAAAAAAAAAAAUCUUAGUUUGCUACAGGGUUGGAAUGCCUGUAUCACUGGCAUGAACUGAAAAUCACCAGGCUUCUGUAUCCACCUGUCCACUAUGCCCCACAAAAAAUUCUAUGCAACGAUAUAAAUUGUGUAAACUACAUCAGAGCUGCCAGGAACCGGGCUAUCACACUCAUGUUUUAGGUAGAGAAUAACAUCAUGGCAGUAACAGAAACAACACUCUUAUCUGUCAAAACACUUCCUUCCAUAAAUGCUUUCAAUUAUAAAUGUUUCAUUGGGAGUAUGUCAACAACAACAAAAACCCAGCACUAAGUGUACAGUGUCACCUACCGAACUACAUUUAUUUUUUUUUUAGAGCCCAACAGAACAAAUUCACUGAUGAUUAGAAUUUCUGCCCUGAUCUUCAUUAGAGUAUGGUCCUAGGGAGGGAGCGGGGCACACAAGCUUAAGUAACAUUAGUAUUUUCUUUCUGUGGUACACUGCAGCUUUUAGAACAAGAUAUAACUGCUGAAGAAAUCAGCAAUUUUGUGUUUAGCCAAUAGAACCUAAAUAACGAAGAACGACAGAACAGCACCUUGGCCACAGCUUGCAAACUCUGGUGAGCAGGCCUGGCUUGCUAUCGAAACGCCUCCGCCUUUGAAGUGUGUGCACAAUGGAAACCCCUUGUUUAUAUACAGGUCAGGUCGAAGUCCACUCUCAACCUGGUGCCUCCUAAUCUCACCUCAUUGUCGAAACACCUCUGUAUUCGUUUAGAAAUGUUUCUGUCUGCUGCCAAUGGUCUGAGAUGCUGUGACCCCAGCUAACUGAGCACGCUUGUGUAGAGGAAGACAUUUUCAUAUGCAGGCAAGCAUUACAAUUUUGGUAAUCCAGUAUAACCUUAACAUGUUAUCUGAUAUUUUGUACAUGUGUACUAAGAGGGGGAGAAAAAAAAGCUGGGUCCCAGAAUCAAGAACCAUUGUUGGAUAAGUACACCCACCACUUAGCAUUUGACCUUCCCAGUCUCUCAUCUGAUAAUACCGGAACCGCCUGCUCAUCAAACAGCAUGCAAGUUCUGUAGAGGAUUCCACCCCCAUGGAGAUGCUCUGGUUAGGUAUGGUUCUGCUCUAUCGUUCGCCCUUUCCAUGGUCAGACUCAUGUGGAAAAUGGCUGUAGAGCCCACAGUGUUCCUCUGCAGUCUUCCUGUUGGGACACCCACUUUCCAGCGCCCCCAUAACCUAAUUUUGUUAGGACCUGAUGCAAAGACUACAAAACAUGUUCACUUCUGUUUCUAAUCCGCUUUUAGACAUAUUAACUUACUUUGCAUGAAAUUUCACUUUUUUAUUAAUGGAAAAUGUGCUUUUAUACCACUUGAAUUAGAAACCCCUGCUUGAAUGUACUGUCGUUAAAGCACACGUGACUGUCUGCAUCUGUCAGUACUGUUCUGUUUGUACCCAAGUCUCAUUGUAAAGUGGCUACUAAACACUGUACUAUACCUUGUAAUUUUUUAGGCUCACUUGUAGCUUUAAAUGUUUCCAGAUGCCUUUAGUUUUAGCUGCUGUAAAAUAGCUACUUUGUGUUAUUUGAUAUAGAAUUGUUUAAAAAAAAAAAACCUCCAUUUAUUUAUACAGAGACAUUUAUAAUAUUUUACAAACGUUCUUAUAUUCUGAAUAAAUAUUUCUAAUUCCAUGAA